AUGCGGCCUGAUGACAUUAACCCGAGGACUGGACUGGUGGUGGCUCUGGUCAGUGUCUUCCUGGUCUUUGGCUUCAUGUUCACCGUCUCUGGGAUGAAAGGAGAGACUCUGGGUAACAUCCCACUCCUAGCCAUCGGGCCAGCCAUCUGCCUACCAGGCAUCGCGGCCAUUGCUCUGGCCAGGAAAACCGAAGGAUGCACCAAGUGGCCUGAGAAUGAGCUGCUAUGGGUUCGCAAGCUGCCCUGCUUCCGGAAACCCAAGGACAAGGAGGUGGUAGAACUGCUGAGGACCCCAUCGGACCUGGAGUCAGGCAAGGGGAGCUCCGAUGAGCUGGCUAAGAAGGCGGGCCUCAGGGGAAAGCCUCUCCCCCAAGGGCAGAGUGAGGUGCCAAUGGCCAGCUCCAUCGCCACCUCCACACCCACAGAGGAAGGAGAAUGCCAGAGUCCAGUCCAGAGUGCGCCUCGGGAAGAGACAUCCAGAUACCUGGAUGGCUACUGUCCCUCGGGUAGUUCCCUUGCCUACAGUGCCUUGGAUGCCAAGUGCUCGGUCUGGGACAGGUCCGAGUGCCCUGAGCCCGAGGACAGCAUCUUCUUUGUGCCCCAGGACAGUAUCAUCGUUUGCUCCUACAAGCAGAAAAGCCCCUAUGACAGAUACUGUUGUUACAUCAAUCAGAGCCAAGGCAGGUGGGACCACGAGACAAUAGUCUAG